AUGGCUCGAAGGAGCAUGACUUCCCCACAGGCCGGCUGGAGGAGGUCUCCUGGCCUCGUUUUCACCACACCUCGCACCGCCUCUGAGGUCAGCUCUUGGCGAAACCGGCGUCCAGUUGCGGUAAACGAGAACUAUCCAGGUGUAAGCAACCUGGAACCGUGGCUCGAUGAGAUCAUCGGUGUCAGCUCUAACAGAAGAAACACUCGAGCCGCCGCUCCAGGCCCGGCCAAUACUGCUACCCCGGCAAGCUGCAGGAGGGUGCUGGCCAACGCUUGGGCCAGCUUUGAGAGAGCGAACUCGUCGAGAGAUACAACUCCGCGGGGUACUUCACAUGCUAUGGGACUCAGUUUGUUCGCCUUGGAUCCAGUUCUCGCGGAAACGCGGGAAACGCUGCGGCCGGAGCGUGCCAACUUCGUUCAGCCAUCAUCCGAACAUCCCCGACGCCCGCCGACCCCUCCGACCCGCCCGCCUGCCGUAGAACCCCUUCAAGGGGCCAGUGCCCUCUCAACCGAAGAGGCCGACAGUAUGCUGGCGCAUACGUUUUUGAAGCAGGAUCGCCAAUUCGACAACGUCCGUGUGGGCUUUCAGAUGCUGAGGGGAUGCCAGCCCCAGCUCUUCAGUACAUUCACGUCAGGCAUAAUCGACAUGGCCAUCGGUCUAACUGCUGGUGCCAGUAUUGUCCCUUCGCACCCUGUGGCCGCCGACACCGUAGCCCUAGCCAUCAUCAACUUGGCAAGGUUUGUGGCGACCACUGCAGAGGAGGGGAUCGCGGAUGACGACCGCGAUCUGCUCCCCCUUGUGUGUCUGUUUAUGGCCCAAAAGCUAGAGGAGAAUGGGCCGGACAACAUCCUCGCCGCGAUGCUCGCUAUGCGCAACGUGUGGGAGCCCGACCACACGGCAACAAAAAAGCGCGUGGCCAAGCUUGAGUCCAAGGUGUGCGCCAGCCUCAAGUGGGCGCUGUACGCUGUGACACCCACGACGUUCGGUCACCUUUUUCUUGCCCGUGCGUUGUCGGAGGGCACUCUCGCCGGAGGGCAGUCUCAAGUGAGGGAGCUCACAGCAGCAACGUCGCUCAGAUGGGUGCAGCUUGGCUACCUGUCGGAGUUCAAGCCGUCCGAGUUGGCUGCCGCCGCCAUCUUCUGCGCCGUGCUCCGUGAAUGCGAUUUUCAAGCAGCUCGACAGGUUACCGAGGAUACAAGGAGUGGUGUUGUCGACUUGGAAAGCUCGAGGUUCUGGGUGUUGUAUCGCGAGGAAGACAGCCACAACGCUGUUCCGACGAUAAUGGAUGCAAUCAACGCUGCUGGCGUCGGCAUGGGCGCCGACGAUAGAGGAACUGACGCAGCGCAGCCGUACAUCGACGGAGCCGCCGACAAGGCUGAGGGAGGCGGAACGGCAUACGGUUGCAACGACUCUGACACCGAGGGUCCCACGCCGCCACCUACAAGAGAACCCGGAGAGGCUCAUGAGGCGUUCUUCGCAGAUGGCCAGCAGGUCAGCCUGGUCGCCUCCAGCGGCGGUUACACCUCGUCGUCCAACCGACAAGAUAUGGAUGAGCCAGAGAGCGGUUCCGGGAAAAUCUCAACGUCCUCGGCCCGCAGCAUCAUCGGGGAACGGACUUAUUGUACGACUGGUGAGAUGACGGCACCGUCCCGCGAGUUCGCCAGGGCUUCGCGCUUCUUUCCGAUGUUGUUGGAUGACCGCUACACCACGGCAAUGAGCGCCGGUGCCUCGCUCUCUUCUUCUGAGCACACUCUCGGGAUCUUGGGCCACGCUCGCGGCAGCGACGUCGAUACCUCAGUAGUCACGCCACCCAGCGCGUCCUUCGCCACCUAUACAAACAGAAACACCCAACCGGCGGCAGCGUGUGUAUCACCAUCUCAUGGGCAAGAANCGCUCUCUUCUUCUGAGCACACUCUCGGGAUCUUGGGCCACGCUCGCGGCAGCGACGUCGAUACCUCAGUAGUCACGCCACCCAGCGCGUCCUUCGCCACCUAUACAAACAGAAACACCCAACCGGCGGCAGCGUGUGUAUCACCAUCUCAUGGGCAAGAAGAAUCUGACCCACCGGGAGCAACGGCCAGAAUGCCAUGGUUGGGACUCAAUGUAGGCCCCCUCGGGAUCAUCGGUGGCGAUGCUGGCGGUAGCGAUGGCAUUUCGGACGACAAUGAUACCCUCGGUCUGCCCCAGGUGGAUAUGAUGCCCCGAACUAACAGCAUUAACGAGGUUGCGGAGUGGGAUGUCGUUGUAGAGAUGACGAUGGAAGAAGCGGACGAGUUGUUGCUGCAACAGAGACCUCACCUUGUACCGGCACCGGCGAUGUUCGGUGGAGGCCACAGUCACCUUGCGCCCGACCUUUCUCACGUGGAGCCCCGCGAUGGUGACACCGAGAUGAGGUGGGAGCGCGCCGCCAUGCGAAGGCUGGACGACGGCGUCAAGGCGUUCCAGCGGCAAGAAAACAAGCAGGGCGUUGCGCCGCUGGUUUUCUGGGGGGAAGGUGGUGUGCUUCUGCCCGUGGUCCCACCCGCGCAGGUCGACGCACGCACAAGCCCCCCCGCCAGCAACAGCACCGAUGAUGCGAUCGAGUGGGAGCGUGAGGUCGAACGGCAACUUGAGGAAGCCGGUAAGCUCUUGCGGCAGCAGAACUUUCACCUGGUGACGGCGGUAGCCGUGGGCAGCUGCACACUUCUGCGACCGGGGAAAGUAUACCCGCCGCUCUUUCAUACCAACGACCACCAGGACGAUGCUCCGACUUCGCAGCACGCCGUCACCACCGCGUUGCUAAGGCCGGACGCGUUCGCGGGAACGUUCCGGUCCCAGGAGGAAGGAAACACCGACUCCGCGCCACCGGGCUUGUCCAGGCGAGGCUUCUACCCGCCACCCUUCGACACCAACGGGAGCCAGGACGACGCCCCAGCUUCGCAGCACGCCGCCACCGCGUUGCUCAGGCCGGACGCAUUCACGGGCGCGUUCCAGUGCCAGGAGGAAGUAAACGCGGACUCCGCACCACCGGGUUCUUCCAGGCGAACCUUCUACCCGCUGCUCUUCCACACCAACGGGAGGCAGGAUGACGCCCCGGCUUCGCAGCACACCACCGCCACCGCUUUGCUCGGGUCGAAUGCAUUCGCGGGCGCGUUCCAGUCCUAG